CCCGCAAAAUCAACCAGCGGUUUCACACCAAACCCGCAAACUGAACCCUCGACUUCACACAACCAAAAACUCCAUUUUAGUUUCUUCUUCUUCGAUUCAAUCCCCUAACUCAAACCCUAAUUCAUAAAAAAAUGACAAAAACAGUAAAAGUCAACCAUGAAACUCAAAUCCUAAAGCUUGCAACACUCUCAAGACUUCUCCUCUUGACCCUAACCAUCCUUUGGCGCGCCCUUUUGUCUCCCUACGACACCUCCGCCUCUCUAAAUCCCGACUGCCUCGCCGAUCCUGGGGCCCCGCAACACUCCAGAAACAAUCCAAUCAGUUCCGCCAUCGAAAACGGCGUCGUCUGGGACAGCGUCUACUUCGUCCGCAUUGCCCAAUGUGGCUACGAGUACGAACAGUCCUUCGCCUUCCUCCCCCUCCUACCUCUUUGCAUCCGUCUCUUGUCUCACACUGUUUUGGCACCUUUGGUCAGUGUUUUCGGAUACAGAGCAGUGUUGGCACUAUCUGGUUAUGUUGUUAGUAAUGUUGCUUUCUUGUUGGCUGCUGUUUACUUUUACAGGCUUUCAGUUAUGAUCUUGAAGGACCCUGAAGUUGCAUUGCGGGCUUCGAUAUUGUUUUGCUUCAAUCCAGCUUCCAUAUUUUAUUCAUCUAUAUAUUCAGAGAGUUUAUAUGCUCUAUUUUCAGUUGGGGGAUUGUACUACUUAAUGUCUGGUGCAAACAAUAUUGCCGUUAUUUGCCUUGCUGUCUCUAGUUGUGCAAGGUCUAAUGGAGUGGUUAAUGCUGGCUAUUUCUGUUUUCAGACCAUGUAUUGGGCUUAUGAUGCUCUAUUCGUGAAAAAACGUGGUUAUUUGGCAAUGCAGAUUCUUAUAUGUGGAGCAUUACGUUGCGUAUGUAUCUUUAUUCCGUUCAUUGCAUUUCAAGUAUACGGCUACCACAAUCUCUGUCUUGGCCGUUCUCCAGAAGAAAUGAGGCCUUGGUGCAGAGCUAGAAUACCUUUGCUUUAUAAUUUUAUUCAAAGCCACUAUUGGGGAGUAGGUUUCUUGAAAUACUUCCAAUUAAAACAGCUGCCAAACUUUCUUCUUGCAUCACCAAUAUUGUCUUUGGCACUUUGCUCAAUUAUCUAUUACGUGACGGCGCAGCCCAAGCUUGUUUACUUGUUAGGAUUUCAAGCUUUUAAAGAGGGAAAAGAUUUUGCACCUGUGCCUUUUCCUUUAGAGACAGUCCCACAAUCAAACAGUGCAAGUGCCACCAUUCCAGAGAAACCCUCUUCUAAGACAGGGAAUCAGAAUUUCAGACAGAGAAAGCAAAUUCAUAGAGAAGGGAAUCCUGCAGUACUUCCACUAGAAUAUGGAUCAUCAGUGAAUUCAGGAUAUUUGUCUGUCUACGUUCUCCCAUUUAUUCUACAAUUGAGUUUUAUGGUAGCCACUGCGUUUUUUGUUAUGCAUGUACAGGUUGCUACGCGGUUCUUGUCAGCCAGCCCUUCGCUUUACUGGUUUGCUUCAUAUUUAAUGGUAUCUCCUGGAACAGGUAAGAGAUGGGGAUAUUUGAUCUGGGCAUAUUGUACAGGUUACAUCCUCCUUGGCAGUUUACUCUUUUCAAACUUCUACCCUUUUACUUGAUAAAAGCUUCAAUGGUAGCUCUUUUUGAUGUGCCAACUGAGAACUUCUCUCUUGCCAACAAGUUCUCCCUGUUUUUGCCACCCCCGGGCAGACUACAGACUAUUGAACAUGGGAGCUGCCCUAAAAUUCUUCGAGAGGAUUACGUCUAAAACACAAAUGCAACUCACUGGUUGCUUUCCUGGUAAAAAAUUUUGAAGUGGUGGCUGAAGGAAGCAAGCCAAGAAGAAAAAAUGGUCCUAGUUUUGUCAUCUUUCAUUCUUUUGAUUCAUUUUUUUGGCAGUGAAAGCUUUGAAUGUGUAUAAUAUUUUGUGUCCCUUUAUUAAUUUCAAUUGAGCAACUGAGUGAUUUAACUGUUUAAGCGAGUAAUGUUACAGAUACAAAGUUAUAUGAUCAAGAUAUU